GGGCUCCGCGCGCUGCUCCUGGCGCUGGUGGCCGCGGCGAUUCCCGCGGGCGCCUACAACCUGGACCCGCAGCGCCCAGUGCGCUUCCAGGGCCCUGACGGCUCCUUCUUCGGCUACGCGGUGCUGGAGCAUUUCCACGACAACACGCGCUGGGUCCUUGUGGGUGCACCAAAAGCAGAUUCCAAGUACAGCACUUCAGUGAAAUCCCCUGGGGCUGUGUUUAAGUGCCGUGUCCACACCAACCCAGACCGGAGAUGCACCGAACUGGACAUGGCUCGAGGGAGAAAUCGGGGCACCUCCUGUGGGAAGACCUGCCGGGAGGACAGGGAUGAUGAGUGGAUGGGAGUGAGCCUGGCUAGGCAGCCCAAGGCUGAUGGCAACGUGCUGGCCUGUGCCCAUCGCUGGAAAAACAUUUAUUAUGAAACAGACCAUAUCCUGCCACAUGGCUUCUGCUACAUCAUCCCAUCCAACCUCCAGGCCAAAGGCAGGACACUGAUCCCUUGCUAUGAAGAAUAUAAGAAGAAGUACGGGGAGGAACAUGGCUCCUGCCAGGCUGGGAUUGCAGGCUUUUUCACCGAGGAGCUGGUGGUGAUGGGUGCCCCAGGAUCAUUUUAUUGGGCUGGCACGGUCAAAGUGCUCAACCUUACUGACAAUACCUAUUUCAAACUGAAUGAUGAAGUGAUAAUGAACCGGCGGUACACUUACCUGGGCUAUGCGGUGACUGCCGGUCACUUCUCUCACCCGUCCACCACUGAUGUAGUAGGAGGCGCUCCACAGGACGAGGGCAUUGGAAAGGUUUACAUUUUUAGAGCUGACCGAAGAUCAGGCACCUUAAUUAAGAUUUUUCAGGCAUCAGGUAAAAAGAUGGGCUCUUACUUCGGCUCCUCCUUAUGUGCAGUUGACCUGAAUGCCGACGGCCUUUCUGACCUGCUGGUGGGGGCCCCCAUGUUUUCUGAGAUCAGGGAUGAGGGGCAGGUCACCACCUACAUCAACAGAGGAAACGGAGCCCUUGAGGAGCAGCUGGCCCUGAUUGGGGAUGGUGCCUACAAUGCACACUUUGGGGAGAGCAUUGCCAGCCUGGGGGACCUUGACGAUGACGGGUACCCAGCAGAGAAACUGUCUGGGCAGAAGAUAAAUCCAGUUCUGCGGAUGUUUGGUCAGUCCAUAUCAGGAGGCAUUGAUAUGGAUGGAAACAGCUAUCCUGAUGUAACUGUUGGAGCCUUCAUGUCUGACAGUGUGGUCCUUCUAAGGGCAAGACCUGUCAUUACGGUGGAUGCCUCCAUCUUCCUCCCAGGCUCUAUCAAUAUCACUGCACCUCAGUGUCAUGAUGGACAGCAGCCUGUGAACUGCCUGAAUGUCACUGCCUGCUUUAGCUUCCGUGGCAAGCAUGUUCCAGGAGAAAUCGGGCUGAAUUAUGUUCUGACGGCUGAUGUGGCCAAAAAGGAAAAGGGCCAGCCACCCAGGGUCUACUUUGUGUUGCUGGGAGAGACUGCAGGUCAGAUCACAGAGAAGCUGCAGCUGGUCCACAUGGAGGAGACAUGCCAUCACUACUUAGCCCACGUGAAGCGGAGAGUACAAGACGUCAUCAGUCCAAUUGUGUUCGAAGCAGCCUACAGCCUCGGGGAGCAUGUGACCGGAGAGGAGGAAAGGGAACUGCCCGCUCUAACACCAGUGCUCCGCUGGAAGAAGGGACAAAAGAUUGCCCAAAAGAAUCAGACCGUUUUUGAAAGGAAUUGCCGUUCGGAGGAUUGUGCCGCUGACCUGCAGCUUCGGGGUAAACUGUUGCUCUCCAGCACUGAUGAGAAAACUCCAUAUCUAGCUUUGGGGGCUGUGAAGAAUAUUUCCUUAAACAUCUCCAUCUCCAACCUCGGGGAUGAUGCUUAUGAUGCCAAUGUGUCCUUCAAUGUUUCCCGGGAGCUCUUCUUUAUCAACAUGUGGCAGAAGGAGGAGAUGGGCAUUUCCUGUGAGCUUUUGGAGUCGGACUUCCUCAAAUGCAGUGUGGGGUUUCCUUUCAUGAGGUCGAAGUCAAAGUAUGAAUUCAGUGUGAUUUUUGAUACAAGCCACCUGUCUGGGGAAGAGGAAGUUCUUACAUUCAUCAUUACAGCUCAGAGUGGCAACGUGGAGCGCUCAGAGUCCCUGCAUGACAACAUCCUCUCGCUGACAGUGCCGCUGAUGCACGAAGUGGACACGUCCAUCACCGGAGUCAUGUCUCCAACCUCCUUUGUGUAUGGCGAGUCUGUGGAUGCAUCCAGCUUUAUUCAGCUGGAAGACCUGGAGUGUCAUUUCCAGCCCCUCAACGUCACCUUUCAGGUGUACAACACUGGGCCAAGCACCCUCCCGGGGUCGUCUAUCAGCAUCUCUUUCCCCAAUCGACUGUCCUCUGCGGGUGCAGAGAUGUUUCAUGUCCAGGAGAUGGUGGUAGGCCAAGAGAAGGGAAACUGCUCUUUCCAGAAAAAUCCAACCCCAUGCAUCAUUCCUCAAGAACAAGAAAAUAUCUUCCACACAAUAUUUGCUUUUUUCACAAAAUCUGGAAGAAAAGUCUUGGACUGUGAAAAACCUGGAAUGUCUUGCCUAACAGUGCACUGUAACCUUAGUGCGAUUGCUAAAGAAGAAAGUCGUACUGUCCACGUUUACAUGCUGCUAAACACAGAAAUAUUGAAAAAGGACAGUUCAUCUGUCAUCCAGUUUAUGACCCGAGCCAAAGUGAAGGUGGAUCCUUCCCUAAGGGUGGUGGAGAUAGCCAAUGGGAAUCCAGAAGAGAUGACGGUGGUCUUCGAGGCCUUGCACAACCUGGAGCCCCGUGGCUAUGUCGUGGGCUGGAUCAUUGCCAUCAGUUUGCUGGUGGGAAUCCUCAUCUUCCUGCUGCUGGCUGUGCUGCUCUGGAAGAUGGGCUUCUUUCGCCGAAGGUACAAAGAAAUUAUCGAAGCUGAGAAGAACCGGAAGGAGAAUGAAGACAGUUGGGACUGGGUCCAGAAAAACCAGUGA